GCUGAGCUGGAGGCCACACUCCUGGCAUGCCACCAAGUUCAGUGACGGUGCCCCAGAGUCCAUGGCCACUCCAUUCUCUGCAGCAGGCACCUGCCCGUCCUGGCACGUCCGGCAUCACGUGAGCUCGUCUUCCCAUGACCUGUCUGGCACAUGGGAGCAGACCAACUUGCAGCGCACCUCUGACCACUUCAGCUCCCUGGGGAGUGUCGAUAGCUUGGACCCUCCUGCCCAACCCUGCCCCUCUGGCCGCCUGUCAGCUGCCAAGUCAAACAGCAGCAUCGACCACUUGGGGGGCCCUAGCAAGCGUGAUUCGGCCUAUGGCUCCUUCUCCACCAGCUCCAGCACGCCGGACCACACGCUACCCAGGGCGGAUGGCUCCUCCACAGAGAACCUGCUGUACAAGGUGGGGCUGUGGGAGAGCUCGAGACCAGGCAGCGGCAACAGGCAUCCCUCGCUGAGCGGUGACCUGACUCAUGGCCUGGAGGAGCGACUCGCCCAUCUGCCUGCCGGCCACCACCAUGAGAGCAGCAAAAGCCCCAGACAGGAGGGCAGCCCAGAGCCGAAGGCCCCGGCCAGGUCCAACUUCGGGCCCAUCUGGUAUGUCCCUGACAAGAAGAAGGCCCCUGCCUCGCCCCCACCUCCCCCCCCACCUCUGCGCAGUGACAGCUUUGCUGCCACCAAGGGCCGUGAGAAGUCCCCAGGGUCCCCGUACUCAGAGGUGGCCACUGCCCCACCCCGGGGCACACCAUUGACUGAAUGGAGAGCGGACCCCACAGAUGCACUGCAACAGCUGGCACGGGCCGGAGACAGGAGGUGGUCUGGCAACUGUGGCCACCCUGUGGACCUGCCUCUGGAAGGGCGCUGGCCUGACGGCCGGGUGGGUGGCCUCCUCAGGGGCCCCAGUGGGCUGCAGGGCUCACUGUCCAGCUGCGACCUGCGCUUUGCCCAGCCCCCCUAUGGCCACCAGCACCCUCGCCAGUGCAGUGAUGAGAGCCCCUUCCUCCAUGAGGGCCCCAGACCCCCUGUUUCCCCCAGGGUGCUGCAGCGCGUGCCCUUCCUGGGGGAGGCCCGGGAGCUUCUCCCUGAUCACUUCCAGGACGAUGGCGGCUCUGCCAAGACCAGGUGGCUGGGCACCACCGACCAGAAGGUGGAGGGUGCUGGACAGGGCCGCUAUUGCAGCGCCAGCCCCAGGCGGCCUGGCCCGCUGAGUGAAGAGUACUGGCGGUGCCCGGCCCCCCACCCGCAGGGCCCAAAACAGCUGUGCUCCCUACCUCAGCAUGGCAACCCCAGCGAGAGAGAGCCUUGGGACUCCGCCGAGAGGGGUGGGCAGGGUUUACCCUUGGGAGCUGACGAGUCCCCCCAGACCAGCCAUGUGGAGAAAGCCAGCCCCAUGAGAGCAGCAGACAGUGACUCCCAGUGGGGGCACGGAGAGAGCAGCAAGAUCUCGCCACAGAACACGCCCAUGCUGCACUCCUUGACCCAAGAAGGGAGGAAGGUCCGUACAGGGCACCACCAGGAUGGCGGCUCAGGAGACCCCCACACGGGUGGCCUGGGGAAGCCACGCCCCUUUGACGCCCAGGUAGGGAAGCCAAUUCGGAGAAGCGACCGCUUUGCCACCACGCUGAGGAAUGAGAUCCAGAUGCGGCGAGCCAGGCUGCAGAAGAGCAAGAGCUCGGUGACUCUGGCGGGGACUGGAGAGGCCGAGGAGGACCCCGCUGGCUGGAGGGCCGAGCUGGGGGCAGCCCCUGGCACCCCUCCAGAAGGCUCCUUCACCAACACCUACAAAGACCACCUGAAAGAGGCCCAAGCCAGGGUCCUGAGGGCCACGUCUUUCAAGCGUCGAGACUUGGACCCCAGCCCAGGUGAACCUUUCCCAGUGACCUCAGAGCGCAGGCCUGAGAACCACGGCGCCUCAGCUCUGAACCCCUUGGGGCUGGACUCUGACCCCCACUUCCUGGAGGAAGGCUCGUCCAAGCCGUCUUUGCCUGGAGGCGCUGCUGUGCCCCACGUCCCCCGCAUCGGGGGCCGCAGACGCUUCACGGUGGAACAGAAGCUGAAAUCGUACUCAGAGCCCGAGAAGAUGCACCAGGUGGGGCUCUCGGGGCACUGCCGACCUCGCCAGCGCCCAGAGCCAGCCGAGGACACGGUGGGCACGUUUGCUGACAGGUGGAAGUUUUUUGAGGAGACCAGCAGGCCUGUGCCCCAGCGGCCGGGGCGGAGACAGGCCCCGAGUGGGCUCUCCCGAGAGAAGGCAGAGCGGCAGCAGACAGCUGGUCAGGGGUUCGAGGGCGAGGAGACCUGGCUACGCACGAGGGCGCGCACCACCUCCUUUGGGGAAAGCGCCAGCUCUUGCAGGAAAGCAGGAAAAGGCGAGAUAGCUGACCCGUCCCCCCAGAGACUCGGCACGUUUGCGGAGUAUCAGGCCUCCUGGAAGGAGCAGCGGAAGCCUGUGGAAGCCAGGGGCUCCAGCCGGUACCACUCCGCCGACGACAUCCUGGAUGUGGGGCUGAACCAGCGCGAGAGGGCACAGUACCUGCACGAGAGGUCCAGGUCGUCGCCAUCCACAGAGCACUACACCGAGGGAGUGUCUGUGGAGGCCCAGAGGCCGGCUGAGGACCCCGCAGAGCACGGAGAGCCCAGCACCCCUGCCCAGCCAGCCCAGGAGGACAGCUCCACUCUGGGAGUGGCCAGCACACAGCAUCAGGAAAAUAGUCCCUCAACAAGCGUGGAGCUGCCACAUCCGUGUGCAAAGGACCAGUCUCCACCAGCUGCAGCCAGAGCUCCCCCACUGGACGCCCCCGAGAAAGGCCGGUGCCGAGCCGGGACACUGCCCCGCGACUAUCGCUACCCAGUGGAAGUGGAAAGCCCAGCUGACCUGCACCCACCACCCCGAAACUUGGGACCCCCUGCCCCCAGCGUUCCCUCAUCCCUGCCUGACAGAGAAAGGGACACCAGGCUGUCGAGUGCUUCCUCUGUCACGAAGCGGCUGGCCCCACUGCAGUCCCCACCACCCAAGCACGAGCCCCGGAGGUCUAAGGGGCAAGACACCACGGGGGACACCGCGGAGGGGGCUGUGCCUGCAGCCGAGGCACUGCCACCCAACCCCGUGGCCCUGGACGUGGACCGGCUGCCCCUCUUCCAGAGCCCUCCCACCCUCUCCCGGCCCCACUGUGCCCCACCGGCUGCACCCUGUGAGCAUGACCGCCCACGAAUGAAUGCUGAGCAGGCCUGGCAGCCACCAGCAGCCACCAUGGAGACCUCGCGCUCCCCAUCCCCUCAGUUUGCGCCCCAGAAGCUGACCGACAAGCCCCCACUGCUCAUCCAGGAUGAGAGCGCCACCAGGAUCGAGCGGGUGAUGGACAAUAACACGACGGUGAAGAUGGUGCCCAUCAAGAUCGUGCACUCGGAGAGCCAGCCCGAAAAGGAGAGCCGCCAGGGCCUGGCACGACCCACUGAGCCGCCCGCCCUACCCACCGGGCUGGGGCGCGACCAGAUCAAGACGCUGAGCUCGGGGGGCAACUCGUACUCCCGCUUCUGCGUGUACACACGGCAGGGUGCGGAGCCUGGGGAGCCCUCUCGCAGCCAGCCCCCCGCCCCCGAGAGCCGUGCCUCGCCUGCAGGGCUGGGCUAUGGGAAGGGCCGAGAGAAGACGGAGGAGGACCUCAAAUCCGAGGAGCUGGCCCGCGAGAUCGUCGGCAAGGACCGCUCCCUGGCUGACGUCCUGGACCCCAGCGUGAAGAUGAAGACCACCAUGGACCUGAUGGGGGGCAUCUUCCCCAAGGCUGAGCUUCUCCUGGAAGAGGCCCAGCAGCGGAGAAAGCUGCACCCCAAAGCACCCUCCCCUCGGACCCUGGAGGAGGACAAGAAAGAGGAGUCGGGUGCAGCGACGACCCUGUCCCUGACCACCAACUCCAUAUACUACAGCACUUCUGCCGCCAAGGCAGAGAUGCUGCUCAAGAUGAAGGACCUGCAGGGGCAGCAGCAAGCCGAGGAGGACACAGCCAGCGACCUGGACCAUGACCUUGCUGUGAAAAAGGAGCUCAUCAGCAGCAUUGGACGCAAGCUUCAGGUACUGCGGGAGGCCCGGAAGGCCCUGCUGGAGGACAUCCAGGCCAACAACGCACUCGGGGACGAGAUGGAGGCCAUCGCCAAGGAUGUCUGCAAGCCCAAUGAGUUCGACAAGUUCCGCAUGUUCGUUGGGGACCUGGACAAAGUGGUCAACCUUCUGCUGUCCCUGUCAGGCCGCCUGGCACGCGUGGAGAACGCGCUCAAUAACCUGGAUGACAAUGCUGCUCCUGGCGACCGGCAGUCGCUGCUGGAGAAGCAGAGGGUCCUGACCCAGCAGCAUGCCGAUGCCAAGGAGCUCAAGGAGAACCUGGACCGGCGGGAGCGCAUCGUGUCCGACAUCCUGGCCAGCUACCUCAGCGAGGACAGCCUGGCGGACCACAAGCACUUUGUGAAGAUGAAGUCGGCCCUCAUCAUCGAGCAGCGGGAGCUGGAGGACAAGAUCCACCUGGGCGAGGAGCAGCUCAAGUGCCUGCUGGACAGCCUGCCACCGGAGCGCGCCAAGUAGGGGCCGGCGGUGGCGGCGGCGGACGGGGACAGGCCAGCCCGGUGCCACCCCGGACAGAGCACCCCGCAAGGCGAAUCUGAGGAAAGCAAUACGCCCUUGUCUGCCGGGUGCUUUAUCUCACUGUUCCAUUCCCCAGGGCACUGUGGGUGCCCGGAGUUCCGUCUGUUGUCCCCUGGUCUUCAGAUGUUGUGCUGACUACUGGGGGCUCCCGGGACGAUUGCCGUCCCAGCCUGUCACUUGGGGGCACAGUCACCACAUGGGUUUUGUCCCUGCCCCAGCAGUGGCAUGCGCGCAAGCCGCACUCCUCUCUUACGGAGCUCGCUCCACCCAGCACCACUGCGCGAUGCUAAUGAAAACGUACAGCUGCACGGGGCGGGUCAUAUCCUAUUGGUUAAAGCCAGCUGUGAAACAAACAGCUGUUCUUACUCCGACAGAAGUCCCUGGGCAAUGCGGUGGCGCAGGCGCACGCACUCACGGCCCAGCGCACACAGGUGCACAGCAGACAGGUAGCCGGGGUGCUCCCCGCGGUCAGGCACAAUUCAGAGGCCGUUUCCCGCCAAGCUAAUUACCUGUGUGUGUCUAGUGUUAAUGUGCUUGUUGGAUCUUUCUUUCAGGAGACCAAGUUAAUACGUUUAAAUUAUGUCCCAGCCCUCUGUUCCGUGUGUGGCUGCUUCCCUGAGUUUUGUUGCUUCCCCAUACCUGUGACCUUGCUCUUAGAGAACAUUCCUUUGCUGGUCGGAACCACCCUCUGGUCUCCAGGGGGCCGUCCUGUGAGUCCAACCAGCACUAAACUCCGUCUUGCUUUGCCACAGCCCUGAGAGGCUGGGUACCCCCUCGGAUUGCUGGCAAUGCCGGGAUUCCAGAGCGAGUUUUAAAGUGGAAACACUACAGCCUGACCCUGCUUCCCAAUUGAGAAGCCACAGUUGCAGGAACAAACAUGCAAACUGCAGUCUGACAGGACUUGUCUCCGGAGAGUGUCAGGAAUGCUCCAGGUGCAGCAGUAAAAACACAAAGGGCCCAACCAGAAAAUGGGCGGAAGACUUGAACAGGCCUUCACCAAAGAGCACACACGCACGGCUGAUGCACAGAGAAAGACUUUCAGCUUCCUAGAGGUGGAGCCUCCUGAUAUCAUCUCACGAUUGUAGAGUGAUGUGUUUCUUCAGAAGAUUCCAUCCAGUUAAAUGCAUGGUUCACAGUGAUUGAGUCCCUGGGAUCCCUUCUUGUGUAAGUGAUAUUAGGACAUUGAUUAUAUAGUAAGGGAUCAUUUUAGUCACAGCCUGAUUUGCAUAAACAAGGUGACCAGCAGGUGGGUUGGCACCCAUGGGUCCGCAAUGAGCACAGCCUUACCAAAGCACACGGCAGUUGUAAGGGGCAGGAAUGGACACUGUGCCUGCCGCUGGCUGUGGGCUGACAUGAGCAGCCCCUACCUGGGCGCCUCGGGGAAGGUGAGCACCUGCCAGUCCCUUUACAGCUGCAGCAGCAGCAGCCUCCCGGGUCAGAAAGCCGCAUGCUCUUUCACGUGUUGGCAUUGCCUCCAAGUCAGCACUUAAAUCACUUGCUGUGUGACCUGGUCAUAUACUGAGAGAUGGAGUCAACUGUCCCCAAGCUCCAGUCUCUCCAGAGCAGACACGAGCUAGGUGAGGACAAAACUUGGAACCUUCCACCUGUGACACCCCCCCACCCAAGUCCCCCAACCCAUGUGGUAUUGUUACCAUCCUGACAUUGUGUGUAAACUGUGAGUAAUAGAAUCUCUUUUUGUCUCCAGCCUUCUGAUUUUAUUUUAUAUAUAUAGCAAUAUAGCCGGCUGUAUUAUCCUCUUUCCAAAGCACAUUUCAUCACCAGCGCCCUGUCCCUCCCACUCAGUGCCACAUCGAUGUCUGGUCGGGGCCCAGAGAUUCCCGGGAGUCGAGGUUGAUACUCUGUAUAUACUUCUAACCUUGCAAAUACCAACCAUCUGGUGCUCGGGCCUCUCCCGGCUUCCUGGAGCAGGGCAGCUCCUCAGUUCCAUGUGUCCGAGCUUACUGGGGAGCCUCCUCUGAGCGAAGUUUCCCUCUGGAAAUUGCCUCAGCGUUCUGCAGCCCACAGUGUGGACAACGUGAACAAAUUUCAUGCUUGACACUUGCCAUGUCCCUAUCAACAGAUUCUCUUGCCUGAUUGUAACAAAGUAAUAAAUUGUUGGUGUGAA